AUGCCAACGAAAUUUAUUACUGAAUUUGAACUACGUGCAUCUGGUAUUUUCGGUUAUCACGACGAAUAUUUACUUCGUGCUGUUCAACAAGCUUUAUCCGAUACUGCUCUCACGUGGUUUAUUCAACAACAACAAGCACUAUCAAUUACUACUUGGAAUCAAUUUAAACAAUUAUUUCUUCGACGCUUUCGAACUCCAGAUAAAAUUGAAUCAUUACGUGGUCGAUUACGAAUUUUAUGGCAAAAUGAUAAUGAAUCAACAGCUGAUUAUUUUGAACGACUCAAAGCAUUGAUUUCAGAAAUUGAGCCUGUCAAUUCCACGGACUAUCUUAAACGAAAAUUCUUACAAAAAUUACGCAAAGAUAUACGUGACAAAAUGCCACUUGGUCUUACAUCUUCUUUAUCUGAUUUAGUUCAAAAAGCUAUUGAAAUUGAAACAAAUAUUGUUCAACAAAAAAUUGAUGAUAAACUUCGUGAUGCACAUAAAGAGGAUAAUAUUCACAAACAAAAAUCCAACAUUAUUAAUAAUCUACGAAAUGGUUCUCAAUUUAAUUCAUUACCUUUAUCAAAUUAUAAUGGACAUUCUUCGAAUGAUAAUAAUUAUAAUAAUUCCAAAUCUAAUAAUAAUUUUAAUGACAAUUCACGGACAUUUAUAAAUUCAAACAGAUCACCACCUCAAGCAACUCAAAUGCACAACGACUCUUAUACAUCUCGACAAAUUGUCAAUCGACAUAAAAAGGUAAAAUUUCGUAAUAAUAAUAAAUGGUGUUCAUCUUGUUCCAGUGCAAACCAUACUUGGCUCAACUGUUAUUCCAAUCCAAAUGGUCUUAAUUAUCAAUCUACACCUUAUCGACGUGAACAGCAGCAACACUCACGUCAACAAUCUAUGUUACCACCUCAUUAUUCUCAACAACACCAUUCAACUCAACAACAUCAUCAACCGCCGAAUCAAAAUGAAUUUAUUAACCAACAGCAACCACAACAACAUUACCAACAACCUUCAUCAUCAUCUUAUUUACCAUCUCAAUCUAUAUCAUCCUCAUCUCAAUUUAUUGUUUCUACAUGUAUUAAUACUGAUUCACUUGCUGCAAAUUGUGCUGGUGCAUCUUUGUCUACAACUAAUACUACUAUUACUUCAUCACCUGCCUCUUAUUUAAUAGCUGAAGCUAAAAUUAAUGAUAUACCUGGUGUCGUACUUCUUGAUACAGGAUCUGGUCUUACUAUUAUUAAUUCUCGACAUUGGUCGCUUAUUGGUGAUCAAUCUAUUCCACCAACACCAUACGAUGGUGCUGAUAUUCAUGGUCCUGAAGGUAGUUCUAUUCGUCCUAUAGGAUGGGUGGAAGUUAAAAUUAAUAUUGCCGGUGUUAUUAUUCAGCAUAAAGCUGUUUUAGCUGCAAAUUUUGAACAUUUAAUAUUAUUAGGAAAUGAUUUUAUGAAAAAUAUUGGUCUUGUACUUGAUAUUCAAGCUAAUAAAAUGUGGUUACGUUCACAACCUGAUAUUACCUAUUCAAUUUCAUCUGAUCUUACCAAUAUGGAUCGUAUUGAUAUACCUCUUCUUUCUACCCAAUUACGAACUAUUCCACCAUUUCACAUCGCUUUUAUUCAAGUUCACACACCUUCUUCUAUUUCUUCUGAAGCUUGGCAAGCAUCAGUUACUGGUGUUCGUCGACAUGUUGUCGCUGCUAAUUCCUUAGUUCGCAUUAAAAAUCAAUGUUGUCUUAUUCAAGUUGCCAAUUGUUCAUCAAAAGCUCAAGUAAUUUAUCCCGGUCAACAUUUAGCUGUAGCUGAUUUAUAUGAUGAUGACAUUAAUAAUGAUACAUCAACAUUAUCUUGUUAUAAUUCUUCUACAAACAUGUUUAUUACUAUUCCCAGUGAUCGUGAUAAUAAAAAUAUUGUUCAAUUUAAUUUUAAUGAUACAUCAAACUUAUCUGAUGAUAAAUUAUUUGAUAGUACUUUGCCUAUUAUUCAACCUUCAACUAUCUAUUCUCUUCAUUCAAAUGUUACUUCUGAUGCAUCACCACUUAGUGAUCAUGAUCAUUCAUCAAAAAUUGAUUCAGUUGAAUUUUUAACUGACUUAGAUCUUACAGAUACUGACAUUACUUUAUCUCAAGCUGAACAACUUAAAUCUGUUCUUGCUAAAUAUCAUAAAUGCUUUGAUGAUACACCGGGAUGUACUUCUCUUGUUCAACAUCAUAUUGAUACUGGUAAUACUAAACCAAUCAAAUUACGACCUUAUCGUGUUUCACCUCACCGUAAAGACAUAAUAUCUAAUGAAAUUACAAAAAUGUUAAAUGCCGGUAUUAUUGAACCAUGUAGUGGUCCUUAUGCUGCACCUAUUACAUUACAACCGAAGAAAGAUGGUUCCUUAAGAUUUUGUAUUGAUUAUAGAGAACUUAAUGCUGUUACUGUACGUGAUGUUUAUCCAAUACCUCGAAUUGACGAUACACUUGAUCAAUUACAAUAUGCAAAAUAUUUUUCAUCUAUGGAUCUUCGUUCCGGUUUUUGGCAAAUUGCACUUGAUCCAGAUAGUCGUGACAAAACAGCAUUUAUCUCUCAUGCCGGUUUAUUUCGAUUUCGUGUUAUGCCAUUUGGUUUAACUAAUGCUCCAGCUACCUUUCAACGUCUAAUGGAUUUAGUAUUAGGUGGAUUAAAGUGGUCUUGUGCAUUAGUUUAUCUUGAUGAUAUCAUUGUUUAUUCAUCUUCAUUUGAAGAUCAUUUAAAUCAUCUCGAACUCGUUCUUCAGCAACUACAAAAUAGUGGUUUAACAUUAAAAAUUAAUAAAUGUCAUUUUUGCAAGACUCAUCUCAAAUACCUCGGUCAUAUAGUUUCAAAGGAAGGUAUUCAACCAGAUCCUGAUAAACUUCGUGCUGUUCGUGAAUAUCCUGUUCCGACGAAAUUAAAAGCUGCUCGUUCUUUUCUCGGUCUUACAAGUUAUUAUCGUCGUUUUAUCAAAAAUUAUGCUACAAUUGCUGAACCUUUACUGGCACUUACACGCAAUUCUGAUUCAAAAUCAUUUCAAUGGACUCAAGCCUGUCAAGAUGCAUUUGAAUUACUACGACAACGUCUGAUUGAAGCUCCAAUUAUUUCUUAUCCUCGAUUCGAUCAACCUUUUAUACUACAAUUAGAUGCUUCUGAUGUCGGUAUUUCUGCUAUUCUUGCUCAAAAAUUAGUUGAUAAUGAUAAUGUUACUCGUGAACAUGUUAUUGCUUAUGCUAGCCGUACAUUAUCAUCAACUGAACGAAAAUAUAAUGCAACAGAACGUGAAUGUUUAGCUAUUAUUUAUGGGUGUAAUUAUUAUCGACCAUACCUUGAAGGUACUAGGUUCACUGCUGUCACUGAUCAUAAAGCUCUUAAAUGGCUUCAUUCAACUAAAGAUCUUAAUACUCGGUUAGCACGUUGGGCAAUUCAAAUUGCUGCUUAUGAUAUGGAUAUUCAACAUCGACCUGGUAGUGAGAACGGUCCACCCGAUGCAUUAUCUCGUUAUCCUAUUAAUGUUACUGCUGAUGAUGAUAUUGAAUCUUCAUCUAUUAUUUGUCCAAUUUCAUCUAAUUUUCAUGAUACAAAUUACAAUGGUUUUUUAUCUUCUAUUCCAUCUGAUCCUGGCUCAUUAUUAUUACUUGAUUAUUUUCGACAAAAUUCAUUACCACCAAAUUCAUUAUCAAUUCCAUUAUCUUUACCAUCUAUUACUGGUUCACCAUCUCAUUCAACUAUAGCUAAUCUUCAUUUUGCUGACAAUAUUAAUUUUUAUGAACAAAUUCGUGCUGCUCAAUGGAAUGAUUCUUCUCUUUUACCAUUACUGAAUUUUCUUCAACAUCAAAUUAUACCAACAAUUGAUAAUAUUAAUAAAUUCUACGGUUUAGCACGUUUACAUCGAGUGAUUGAUGGUGCUCUUUAUCGCACAUUUCGUACUCAUUCAUCAUCUCAAGGUCAAGAAUCUAUUAUACCAUUAUCAUCUGAACGUAUACUUCUCGUUAUUCCUGCUUCAGAAGUACUUCGUGUUAUGCAACUUGCUCAUGAUCAUGCUACAGCUGCUCAUCUCGGCCGUCGCAAAACCUUAUCUCGAUUACUCUCACGUGUUUAUUGGCCUCAUAUGCGUCGUGAUGUUGCUAAUUAUGUACGAUCAUGUAUAUUAUGUCAACAAUACAAGCCAACUAAUCAAAAACCAGGUGGUCUCAUGAAACCGAUUAUUGUUUCAGAACCGUGGCACACUGUCGGUAUUGAUAUUACUGGUCCACUACCUAAAACUCGUCGCGGUAAUCGUUUUAUCCUCGUGGUGGUCGAUUAUUUUACAAAAUGGGUAGAACUUUUUCCACUUCAAUCUACUAAAGCAAGUAUUAUAGCACAAUUAUUUCUUGAUGAAGUCAUUUGCA